AUUCCUCAUCUCCUACAUUUACCUUGUACUCUUUCUUUUCACCUGCUGGGAGUGACACAAUGGGAGUCGCCUACAGUGUGGGAGAAGUGGACCACCUCUAUACUUUCUUUGUUCAGUGGUCACCAGACAUCUAUACAAAUCAAACCAAAAACCAAAAUCUCCUUGUGCUACAGGAGGAUAAGCUCGCAGCGAUCAACAACUUAUUCAGCAACCCAGAACCCAAAAACUGGGAGAUAAUCACAGUAGGGGGAGCAAAACGGCGUCAUAGUGUCUGCAGCUGUGAAGGUGAGGAGUCUGAGGAUCCGCUGCCUGAACUCCAUGACAAGAGUCACGUCCUGGACGAGCACCAUCUCGCUGCUCUGGCGAAUCAAAUACCUCCACGGACACAGGGAUAUCCAUGGCGAUUGGUGUACAGCACUGCAGAGCAUGGUACUAGCUUGAAGAGUCUCUACAGAAAAAUGGCACAGUUGGAUAGACCUGUCUUACUGGUCAUCAAAGACAUGGAAAAUCAGGUGUUUGGGGCAUUUUCUUCACAUCCGUUCAGAGUGAGUGACUGCUGUUAUGGGACAGGAGAAACCUUCCUCUACAGCUUCAGCCCAGAGUUGAAGAUGUUCCGCUGGAGCGGGGAAAACUCCUAUUUUGUGAAGGGCUUCCUUGACUCUCUACAAUUGGGAGCAGGAGGAGGACACUUUGGACUGUGGCUAGAUGCUGAUCUAUAUCGCGGCUCCAGCUACUCCUGCAAUACCUUCCACAACCAGCCCCUCUCCCUCCAUCAUGAUUUUACUGUAAAAGAAUUAGAGGUGUGGACCUUCCAGUAAGGGGAACUCUAUAACGGCAAAUGGCAAGUUUGCAACAAACAGAAAGUUAGUUAUGGUCCAAGUUUUACAUGACUGCACCUGCACGUGCUAACGUUUAGCAUGCUCUGAUGUGUAUGAGGGUGGAACCCGUCAGACAAGCUGUAAAGCUACUGUUAUACGUGCUGAACGCACUUCAGCCAGGAGUAGCACUGACAGGGAAGUAAAGUUUAAAUACAUGUUGAAACAAGACUAUUUGGCUGUUGUUAGUACUCAGUGCUGGCAGAAACUGAAGAUUAACAGUUUUUAACUGCCAUCACUACAGUUGCCAGUAAUAAGACACUACAAAUCGAAGCCGUUACCAAAUCAAAGAGGCAUAUGUCAUGUGCCUUUUCUGAAACAGCAUUAACAACACUCAGGUUCU